AUGGGAAAUCCAGAAGAGGCUGUAGCUGAGAAGAAUUUGGGGAAUACUGCUUACAAGCAGAAGAAUUUCGCAGAAGCUCACAAGCACUACGACAAAGCCAUCGAGCUCGACCCGACUAACAUCACAUUCUAUACGAAUAAGGCAGUUCUGUUUCUUAUGUUAUAUUUUCGAGACGUCUGUUGCUUCAAGAUCUCCGGAUUUCUACAUUAG